ACUGCAGGGAGUGAACGAGAGGGGGAGGAGCAGAGAUCUAUUUCUGUUCAGUGGAAGUGAAACUGUUCUUCAGUCUCUGGCAGCAGCUGAAAUGGCGCAGCAAGAAAAUUAUCUGGACAGAGAAAGAUUCUGUUGUCCGAUCUGUCUGGAUCUACUGAAGGAUCCGGUGACUACUGGCUGUGGACACAGCUUCUGUAAGAGCUGUAUUAACACCCACUGGGACAAAGGGGAGGAGAGAGGAAGCUACAGCUGUCCUCAGUGCAGACAGACCUUCACACCGAGGCCUGUCCUGGUGAAAAGCACCAUGUUAGCUGAUUUAGUGGAGGAGCUGAAGAAGACUGGACUCCAAGCUGCAGCAGAAAGGACUGAGAGGCAGAGAGAGCUCGGACUGAGGAGACAAACAAUCCAGCAGAGAGUCCAGGACACAGAGAAAGACGUGAAGCUGCUUCAACAGGAGGAGGAGGCCCUCAAUGGCUCUGCUGAUAAAGCAGUGGAGGACAGCGAGAAGAUCUUCACUGAGAUGAUCCGUCUGCUGGAGAAAAGAAGCUCUGAUGUGAAGCAGAAGAUCAGAUCCCAGCAGGAAACUGAAGUGAGUCGAGUCAGAGAGCUUCAGGAGAGACUGGAGCAGGAGAUCACUGAGCUGAAGAGGAAAGACCAUGAACUGAAGCAGCUCUCAGACACAGAGGAUCACAACCAGUUUCUACACAACUACCCCUCACUGUCACCACUCAGUGGAUCUACACACUCAUCCAGCUUCAGGAUCCGUCCUCUGAGGUACUUUGAGGACGUGACAGCAGCUGUGUCCCAGGUCAGAGGUCUACUACAGGACAUUCUGAGUGAGACAGAGACACAGAUUUUACAGAUUGUGUCACAAGUGGAUGUUUUACUGCCACAACCAGAGCCAGAGACCAGAGCUGACUUCUUAAAAUAUUCCCAGGAAAUCAAACUGGAUCCAAACACAGUAAACAGACAGCUGUUAUUAUCUGAGGAAAACAGAAAAGUAACGUGGAUGAGUAGACAACAGUCUUAUUGUAAUCACCCAGACAGAUUCACUGGUUGUUGUCAGGUCCUGAGUAGAGAGAGUCUGACUGGACGGUGUUACUGGGAGGUGGAGAUGAAGGUGGGAGUGGGAGCAGUUCGUGUAGCAGUCACAUACAAGAAUAUCAGCAGAGCAGGAAGCAUAGAUGAAUGUAGAUUUGGAUUAAAUGAUAAAUCUUGGAUGUUAUAUUCUGACGGAAACAGUUAUAGCUUUUAUUACAACAGCCUCAUGACUCCAGUGUCAGAUCCUGUGUCCUCCAGAGUAGGAGUGUACCUGGAUCACAGUGCAGGUGUUCUGUCCUUCUACAGCGUCUCUGACACCAUGACUCUCCUCCACAGAGUCCAGACCACAUUCACUCAGCCUCUCUAUGCUGGAGUUAGGGUUAGUCAUGGAUCCAUAGCUGAGUUCUGUAAACUCAAAUAAACUUGAGUCAUUAAAGCAGUGUUUUAGAUUCUGUGUGUAAAUCUUUAACUUCUUUUGUCUCCAUGUUUGUUGAUCAAAGUUCAUUGUGGUGACUUUUCUGCUCUGCACAGAGAUCAGCUGUCAAUCGAACACUGACCUUCCUUUAUCACACAUAUUCACUUCUCACUUUGUAAAGACAGAAAUCUAUAAUUACACUGACAUGAAUAUGUUUGAAAGAACUGGUGUUGCUGUUAUUUUCUGAAUCAAAGUAGAAAUCAGGUUGUGAUGUUUUAGAACCUGUGUUGAUCCUGAUCCUCAUCAAUGAGAUGAUUCUUUGUUCUUUUCUUUUCCACAUGUGUUAUGGGAUGUUUGGUCACAUUGUAAAUGUGGAACCUGGUUUGUUUUUAUCACGGCUCAUCUCUGUAAAGUGUGAAUCCACUCGUCCUCAUUGUAUUUACAUAUUUAGUGAACGUGCAUAUUGAUCUGCUGCUGCGUAGGUUUCUGUUCUUUUUGAUUUUCCUGAUCUGAACCAGCAGGUCCACUGGAGAGUGUCCUGAUCGAGUUCCUCUGAGGGUUUGUUCUGCAGCUCUCAUCACAUGUGUUUCUUAUACAUGUCUAUAUACAUUUAAAUCUCUUAUAUAUGUAUAAAACAAUGAAAAUCUAAUGUGUGAAGAAGCUGAAAGUUGAAAUAAAGAAUAAAUCCAGUCAGUUAA